CUCGUAAGCUCCUGCCUUGGCAUAUACUCUCCUCUCCCUGUCAUCCCUCAUCGUCACAAGCUGGCUUCGGCUUUCCAAGUGUUCAAUGGCAUUAGCCCUUUUGUCAAGUUCUCCCAUUUCACAUCCAAUCAAGCGAUUCAGGAAGCGUUUGAGAGGGAGGAUAAUGUGCAUAUCAUAGAUCUGGAUAUAAUGCAGGGGUUGCAGUGGCCGGGGUUGUUUCAUAUCCUCGCUUCAAGGUUGGCUCCCAAAGUGGUGACAAUGGUAGAACAAGACCUAACCCAGUCAGGCUCANACUACUACUCCGCUCUCUUCGACUCCCUCAGCGCCAGCUACAGCGAGGACAGCAACGAGCGGCACAUUGUCGAGCAGCAGCUCCUCUCUCGUGAGAUCCGCAACGUGCUGGCCGUGGGCGGGCCUGCACGCACUGGUGAGAUCAAGUUUGGCAACUGGCGUGAGAAGCUCAGCCAGUCUGGCUUUCGCGGCGUGUCGCUCGCUGGAAAUGCUGCUGCUCAGGCUACGCUUUUGCUCGGAAUGUUUCCUUCAGAUGGAUACACGCUCGUGGAAGAGAACGGAACGCUGAAGCUCGGAUGGAAAGAUUUAUGCUUGUUAACUGCUUCAGCUUGGAAGCCUGUUCAUACUAGUUCAGCUGCUUAUCUCACAACUUCAUCACAGAAGUAUUGAACAUCAAGAUUUAUAUUUCGGUUUCUAUGUUGUUAUGUACAUUAUGAGAGAUGAUAUCACUAUCUGCUUUCUUCGCUGUUGAGAAGGAAAGCUGCUUUGUUUGCUGCUAAUAGUGGGCAUUGAGAGGUCAUUUUCUUCUUGUUUC